AUGAGAGCCAACUCCACUAGUGCUGCUGCUCUCGAGCAAAUGCACUCAAAGCAGAUUGAUCAGUAUCUUUUGCAAGAAAAAAUACUCCGAGAUAAGAUUAUGCUAGAACCUAGAGUGCUUGUUUUGGGCAGUGGGGACAGUGGCAAGACAACUUUAAUGAAGCAGCUCAAAAUUCUGCAUGCUGGAGGAUAUUGCGACCAAGAGCGCCAGUCUUACAACGAAAAAAUAUGCGAUAAUAUUGUCGACUCGAUGCUGGCUAUUCUUGCCUUGCUGCACAUCAAGAAUAUCUCAGUGAAAAAUAUCACAACCAAGACCAAUAUUGAUCUAUUGCGCAAUUAUUUUCAAACAUCCCCCGAAGAAGUACUCCAAAAGCCUCUCACUGCAGAUAUUGCACAGAUUAUUCAGAAAUUAUGGGCCGAUGAAGAUAUUAAGGGUGCUUUUUACAGCACAACUACAAUUCAAGAUACUGCGCCAUACUUUCUUGCAGAUCCAGUCAAGUUUACUUCUUUAUCAUACAAACCAACGGAUACUGACAUUCUCAAUACUCGACUUCCAACCAUCCAGGUCUCAGAAUCGAUUAUCAAGCUUGAAAAGAACACGGUACACUUUUUUGAUGUCGGUGGUCAACAAAAGUACCGGAAACAAUGGAUUCCAUAUUUUGACGAUGUUCACAAUAUUGUUUUUGUUGUUUCGAUAUCCUCAUAUGAUCAACAACUUCAAGAAAAUUCAACCAUCAACCGAAUGCAUGAUGCGCUUGAUUUGUUUGGAAAUAUCUGCAAUGCUCCCCUGUUGAAGCACACCAGUAUGACUUUGAUGCUAAACAAGAGUGAUAUCUUUGCAACCAAAAUUGCAAAAUCACCCAUCAACAAAUACUUUCCAGAUUAUAAGGGCGGCAAUGAUAUAAAAAAAGGCUACCGGUAUUUUGAAAAAAAGUUUAUUUUGCAAAACCAGCAGGAUAAUAAGCGUAUUUCGACUCAUAUCACUUGCUGUACAGACACAAAGGCUAUGGACGUUAUCAUUUCGACUGUACUGACAACAAUGCUUUCGCAAAUGCUUCACUCUAGUGGUUUCAUCUAGACAUCUAAAUGCUGGCACUAAACUAGAUGCAUAAUUGAAAAUCCAAUAAACAAUACAUUUUCAAAA